CUGGUCUGCAGAGAGUUCCAGGACAGCCAGGAUUGUUACCCUGUCUUGAGAAACAAAAACAAAACAGGCAAAUAAGCCAGGCUACAUUUCCAAACACGGGCUGGCGUGGGCUUGUUGACUGCUUUGUGUAGUUUGGCUACUGGGCUCUAACGCUAGGCCUGCGUCGGUGGUAAACAAGAGCCUGCACCGAGCUGUGGUCCCAGACCUCCGUCUCUUUUGGAAGCUGCAGCUUGGGGAUAGCUGUGGUAUAAGCUGAUCUGCGUACCAAAGGUGUGCCAGCAAGGGUUUCCCAGUGUUUGAGGUUCUGUGAGAUUGUCUUCUGGUGUGGCGGUGGCCCCAGGUGUACAGUGGUCUCUGCUUCUGAACUGAAGGAGUCCUCGGGUGUGAACCCAGUCCAACCCAGCUGGCGUAGUUUGAAUAACACUUUCUCUUAUUGAUGGUCUUAUUAUUUUGGCGCUUUGCAAUUGAAAUGGUUUAUACAAAGGCUUUAGCCCUUGGGCAAACAUUAUAUUUGUUGUCUAAGUGCAGAAUUUAGCAGUGAAUAAUUUUAUGACAGACUACAUUUGGUAUGCCUAGUUAUUCAGGGACUUUAAAAAAAAUGGAGGGACUUUUUAGUCAUACUUCCUCUCUGUUCUUAGUCAUCUGUUCCUUUUAUGGUAGUUAUUAGCAAGUAUCUCUCACCCUUCUGUAAUGUUCAGCAGUGUAAACUCGUUACAGUGUUGGCUACAGUGCUCUGUUUAGUUACAGAAUAGUCAGCAUACACGUGAAAACAUAAUCUUAAUGUUGGUGUGUUCUCCACAUGGCAGAACCACAGUUGUUAUAUACCAAUCUCUUGAGAUCACUUUUCUUUUUUGGGGUGUCAUGCUUUCUCUCCUUACACUACUUCCUUGUCAUUGGUCACAUUCAGAAUUAGUACUGAACCUCGGUGUUAAUGGUGGUUUUGCUUUAAUGCUUAGGAAAAGAGACAUUGCUUUCCACUCUAGGCAAUCUCAAGUACUGUGUACUGUCAGCAACUUGACCCUCGUGGCCUGGGCGAAUUCAGUGUUGCAUAAUUGCACCUUCCCUUCCUGAGGACUGAGCAAGCCCAGGGUUCACCACCACCUGGUCCCUCUACCUGUAACAACCAUUCCAAAUCAUGCUCCUGUAAGGGCACACCAGGGGCAUUUUUUGUCACCUUUUCUAAAUGAUACACAUCUCUCUGACUUCUUCUAAUGCUUCUGCUUUCUCCUCAAACCAAUAGGCCCAAUUCCCUAAACUAUCUGUCAUUGUCAUGUAUCUGAAAGACACUGGACAGGACUUGGAAACAGCUCCAAAGGUAAUGAUUAAUUAAGGUAAGAAAACAAGGAUUUUGGUUGAUGAGUCAGAUAAAUGGUAGGUCUUCCUCCAGACCUCGGGCAAGGCAGUGUGUUACAAAACAUCUUCGGAAGGUCUGGCAGGCAGAUGACUCAGCAUCUCCCCACAGACUUGUUGUCUCUCCCCUUGGCCUUUACCUUCCCUUCCUAAAUUCUCUGUCUCCUCCCUACAUUGCCCUCUGUCCUGCAGUCAUCUAAACUGGAACCCACUACAGCCUCCCUGCCUCCCUGCCUCCCUUCAUAUCCAAUCUCCGGGACUCCAGUGAUGAGGGCAGAUAUAUGUUGGGUAAAGGAGGAAAACGGAAGUUUGAUGAGCAUGAAGAUGGGCUGGAAGGCAAAAUCGUGUCCCCCUCCGAUGGUCCAUCCAGGGUGUCUUACACCUUACAGCGUCAGACUGUCUUCAACAUUUCCCUUAUGAAACUGUAUAACCACAGGCCCCUGACAGAGCCCAGCUUGCAGAAGACUGUCCUAAUUAACAACAUGUUGAGGCGGAUCCAGGAGGAACUCAAGCAGGAAGGCAGCCUGAGGCCUGCGUUCACCCCCACGUCCCAGCCCAGCGACAGCUACAGGGAGGCCCCACCUGCCUUCACCCAGCUGGCCUCCCCUCCCGCUCACCCCUGUGGCCUAGGAAGCACUACACCUCUGGAGGCCUGCCUCACCCCCGCCUCCCUGCUAGAGGACGACGAUGACACAUUUUGCACUUUGCAGGCCGGGCCCCCCGCGGGUCCUCCCAGACUGUCCUCUGCAGCCCUCCCAGAAAAGGACAGCUUUUCCUCCGCCUUGGAUGACAUUGAGGAGCUCUGUCCCACAUCUACCUCCACAGAGGCUGCCGUGGUCACGGCGGCGGCGCUUGGCAGCCCGAAAGGAACCUCCAGUGAGCCCAGCAUUCAGAAGCCUGAGGGGCCCCAGGAAGGCCGCACAGAUGACUCACGAUUCAUGGACUCCCUACCUGGGAAUUUUGAAAUAACCACGUCCACAGGCUUCCUGACAGACUUGACCCUGGACGACAUAUUGUUUGCUGACAUUGACACAUCCAUGUACGAUUUUGACCCCUGCACAUCUGCAUCAGGGACAGCCUCAAAAAUGGCCCCUGUGUCAGCUGAUGACCUCCUCAAGACCCUGGCUCCCUACAGCAGUCAGCCUGUUGCCCCAAGUCAGCCUUUCAAAAUGGAUCUCACAGAGCUAGACCACAUCAUGGAGGUGCUCGUUGGGUCCUAAGACUGGGGACCCCUUGACUGUGCCUAACCAGGCCCUACAAGCAUCCCCGCCACCCUGACAGUUUCUCCGCACUGUGCAUGUACCCUUGCUUGCCUUUUUCAGAGAAAAAGACACUUUUACAAAAGGAUCACACUAGUAUUUUCUUUGAGCAGAGUUGGAGUGCCUUCAUUCGAGUAUGACCACUUUUAAUACACUCUCUGAGUGGGCCCCACAGAGGCCCGCUGCCCUGGCUUAGGAGAGAAGACAUUGGAAGACUGUGUUGAUGAUGUUGAAAGCUGACCGUGAAGAAUUCAAGUGAAGCACAAGGAUUAAGUUGGAAAAGCUGUAAAUUGCAUGUGCAUAUUUGUCUAUUUUUUCUAUAAGUUUUAUUGCAAGAGGUAAAAAAGAAUAUAUAUCUAUAUUAUUUGGAUAAUCUCAGUACCUUUCUUGGCAUUUUGCCCUGUAUAAGUUGACUUGGCAAUUCUGCCUUUUUAGAGGCAUUAACUCCUCAUAAGUGUUGCAUUUACAUGGCUGUUUAGAAAACUGCUGCCCAAAUUUAUUUUAUAUUUUUGUACAGAUUCUGCAGUUUAUGAUAUUGUUUUUCUAAAAACAAACGCUGUUUAUACAUACGAGAUAGCUAUUUUGGUAGGAUUUGCUCACAUAGUUCCUGCAGAUGUAAGCUGUACAAGUUGCACUUGUACUUUUAUAGAGUCGUAAUGUUUUCUAUGUGUAUGGUGCAAGAGAAAAUUGGAUCAGAUCAAUCUGAAGUUGGUGUCCCCACACACAAAUGCACACAGUGCUUUAACAAAGGGCCAGGAGAUCUGGCACCCAAAUCUCACAAGCACCAGCCCCGGGCACCGUCACCUGCCAGUACUGUGACUUCCAAAGCCAGAGCCCUGUCUGCUCCUCGGGCUUGCAUGCCCGGCAGCAGAUCCUGGGGUUGAUGUGACGGUCCUUUUAGCUCCUGCUUUUGAGCAAAGACUGUAUCGUUUUGUUCAAGAGCGCACUCGUGGUUGGAUGUGGUGGUGGUGUACCCCUUUAAUUCCAGCACUUGGGAGGCAGGGCAGGUAGGUUGUUGUGAGUUCCAGUCCACCCAGAGCUAUAUCGUGAGAACCCUGUCUCAAGGAGGAGGGGUGGGGGAGAGUAAGAAAAGGAUUGUAUUUAUGCCAAGUUUGCUCUUUUAAUUGUUUUUAAUUUUGUAAAAUGUAAACCCCCCCUCUCCCCCCCAUCUUACACCUUGGGCGUAGCUUUUAUGAUGAGACCACAAUUUUACAUAACAAUUUUACAACAAACAACUGACCUCUUCCUGGAGCUGAGCCCUACCUCGGUGCUUAGGGCUCACGAAGAAGAAACCCGCCCCAGAAGGCAUCCAUCAUGUUGCUGAGCUGCCUUUCCCAGUGUCCCUCCCUGGAGCUUUUGUUCCCUCUGUUGCUAAGAGCUGCAAAUGGUAUCUUCAUGAUCACCACAGUGAGCUGGGCUCACCUCAGCAAGUGGGGAUGCGCUCGCAACAUCUGUGACUGCAGCCGCCGUCUAUCACCCUAUGUCAUGGUGUCCAGUCUGGUUGCUUACUUUAAUUAACUGCUAAUUUAACCACACUUUACAAAGCCGUUAUCCCCAAUACAUAACAGGCAUUUCUACGCUGUCUCUGGCCCUCCCCGUCUCCUGGCCCCUUAAACAGCUUUUUGUUCGCAGUGCUCUCCCUCCCCCCCCCAGUUGUACCAGUUUGCUUCCAGGUACCAUGCCCGUCGCUGAGGUCUGCCGCUGCCUUCAUGGGGUGGUUACUUCAGCCGUGGCGUGCAGCUUACAGCCGACGUUGUUUGCAGAUGGCUUCCUUAGGAAUAACUUUUAUAUUUAUUUAAAUUAUGGGAUUUUGUUUUGUUUUUGUUGUUGUUGGUCAUUUGUCACCAGUUCUGCUCACUUCUUGCCAUGGAUAAAACUGGGUCUUUCUGGCCAAUUAAAAAGAUAAGUUUAUAAAUGGCACUUUAAACAAGCCAUAGCUAGUUCUAUCUUUAUAAUGCACAUGGCAAGCAAAUGUGUCCAUGAUGAAGGAAAUGCUCAUCCCAGCGAAAGGUUUGUGUGUGGUGUGAUUAAUAUCCUUCUGCACCCUAAUUUACCUUCUCCCGCGGCCAUGGGUUUGAAAGGCGCUUCCCAGGCUAUGGAUCAGCGAGAGGCCCACCCAGCUGCACUCGCUGUCCUGCAGGCGCCCUCCACAGCCCCUCUCACCACACAAAUGUGUUUGCUUUGAUGUAGGGCCAGGGGCCAGAUGACCAGGUGAGGGGUUGUUGCCGACGCUCCCAAGUGACAUUGUGCCUGUCCAUUUUAAGAACUUUCCAUUCUUUCUUGAAGAAAGCAGCUCUACCCAUCCUCUGUGUGUUAGACCUGGAGGACCCUGUGAACUGGCCACAUGCCACAGUCACUGCAUACGUGUGCAUAUACAGUAAUGUUGACUAUUCCCAACAAAAAUGGCACAGCCCAGUUGAUUGCCAUUGUUGAAGACUGAUCGACAGUAACAUAGAACAACUGAACUUUUGUUGGAUUAGCAAACCGUGUGUUUAAACAAUCCCGUAUGUUGGGCAACAGUUCAAAUAAGCUCAGAGAAGCAUUGCCCAAACUUAGUUCUCUGGCUCCAGUGCAUUAGUAAGGCCAGGCUUCAAAAUCCAAACACCCACCCCAACUCAGCAGGCAUGUGCUUAUUCUGCAGACAUGCAUGGGAAGCUAAUGGCCCGUUUCAGAAAUAGCAAGCCCAUCAAGAGUUAAGGCUGACUUUGUAUCCUAUUUAUAUUAAGUGGUGUCCCAACAGGGACAAGGUGGAGCCCCAGAGCGAGCUCUCCAAGUCGCAGUCUGAGUGCGGGACGCGCCGCAGUUGUGACUCACCUUCACAAAGACAGUCUCGUGGCAUCCACAGGCAGGCGGACAGCCUGGGUGUUUGGCCUGAGAGGUUUGAAGAGGUGGUUUUCCCCAUAAGUUAUUUAUUCCUUGUUUUUCCUGUGUAAAUAUAUUUAUUUUGCUGUGGCGCUCUAACAACAUCUGGGUGGUUGGUGCAGAAUGUAUUUCUUGUAGGAAUGUAAAUCUGUAUUAAAAGGGGGAGCCCCCAGCCCGUCUUCUCAUCAAAUACACAGCCCACAUUCAUUUUCACUCUCGUCUCCAAUAUGGGUCUAUUUGAAAUAUGCAAAGGGUGUGGAUAAGGGAUGUUUUAAUACCUCCAAAUUUUUAAGAAAAUAAGUAUAAAAGGAUUGAUAAUUUUUUAAAGUUUUCUUAGCAGCACUUUCACUUAUGACAGAAGGGGCAACACAGGGCACCCACCUUCAGACCAAAGGGUGAGGAAUGGCCACAGCCUCCCUCCCACACUGCUCCAGGGUUAGCAGCUGAGCUUUUAUGGCCAUAGCCCCUUGAAGUGCCCCAGCCAUCCUGAGGUCAAUCAAGGAAAAUUUCUUAACAAAGUAAGCUCCAAAGAGCCAAAGUAUCAACUUGCGGAUCAUUUUUAAAAGCUUAAAUUUAUUAACCACCUUUGCGGUAAACAAUGAAUUAUGAACACUGCAAGGGCAGCCUUCUUGGGUGAGAGAGAGAGAGAGAGAGAGAGAGAGAGAGAGAGAGAGAGACUGCCUUGCAGCGAUUGUUCUACUUGGUGUGGGUCGUCUUAAUUUUGAACCCUUGCUCUUACAAAUUGGACCUUUAUACAUUUCUGAAAAUAGAAAGAAAAGAGCAUGUUUGACUUGUCCUAGCUGUAAAUGGUUAAUUCUUGUGCCACCCCGCACCUGGAUGCCAGCAGGGUGUGCAUCUGCCCGUGUGGGAUUGUUCCCAGUGCUUCCAAAAAUGGGUCUACAUGGUCCUUGAAAAUUAGCCAGGAUCAAAUGCUCUUGCAGACAAAGCCAAUAAAAUUUUUGGACUUCUUUUGGGGAAUUUGGAGAGGAAAUGUAGUCCAUAUGUACAACUAAAGUGUUGAAAGUGUACAUAGGGACAUGUUAGGUGUGUGGAUUUUGAGGAGGGCUUUUUGUCAAAAGUAGGUGUGACUUUUCCCCACAGACCUGAGAGCUGUGCCUUUUCUAUGCAAUAUUACAGACGUCACAUCAGAAUCCAGAGGGCUGUGUUCAGUGUAGGUUCAUUCAGACUGUAUUUUAAACAAUUGGACAGACUAAAUGUACAUGGAAAUGAGCGGUCUUUUGUAGUUUUAUAUUAUACAAUAAACAGUUAAAGGAUGA